AAGAAACUCUUAAUAUUUCAGUAUAUAUGAACAUAUAUUGCAACCAACUAGGCCGGCCAUCAAGCUUUCCCCCUAUCCUCCUCUUUGAUUGAAUUUCCUUUUUCCUUUUCUUUUUCGAUGUCCCCUGUCGAGCUUCUCUUUAAUAUAUUCUUCUUUUGUCGAUCAAAAAACAAACAAGACCGUCAAGUUGAAGAACUCAAUAAAAAAAUCACGAAUAUGGGCGAUAGCAAUAUAGCCAAAAACUGGAGGCUUCUCAGCGGAGAACGGAACUGGAAAGGAUUGUUAGAUCCUAUAGACAUCGAUCUCCGUCGAUACAUUAUUCACUACGGAGAAAUGGCUCAAGCAACUUACGACAACUUCCUCUCGAAUAAAGUAUCGAAAUACGCUGGAAGUUGCCGGUACACGAAGAAGGAUCUCUUCGCUAAGGUGUUUCUAGAGCAUGGCAAUCCGUUCAAGUACCGCGUGACCAAGUAUUUGUACGCUACAUCCUCGGUCCCUCAGCCCGAUGCAUUUAUCUUCAAGUCCCUGUCGAGGGAGGCGUGGAGCGAGGAGUCCAACUGGAUGGGGUACGUUGCGGUGGCCACGGAUGAGGGGAAGGCGGCUCUCGGGAGGAGAGAUAUUGUUGUUGCUUGGAGAGGGACGAUCGAGGCGUUGGAAUGGGUAAAUGACUUGGAAUUCAAUUUGGUUUCUGCUUCGAAAAUACUAGGAAAGGAACAUGAUCCAAAGGUGCAUCAGGGGUGGUACUCCAUCUACACUUCUGCUGAUCCAAGAUCACCAUUCAAUAAGUUCAGUGCCAGAGAUCAGGUUGAUAUUGAGAUCAAGAGACUUGUGGAACUAUACAAGAACGAAGAUAUCAGCAUAACUGUAGUUGGCCACAGCUUGGGAGCAGCGAUGGCAACCCUAAACGCAGUUGACAUAGUUGCCAAUGGACUGAACAUACAUAGAGGUCGACCAAACAAGGCCUUUCCAGUAACAGCCUUUGUGUUUGCAAGCCCUAAAGUUGGAGAUUCUGGCUUCAAAAAGGUGUUCGAUGGACUAAACGAUCUUCGAGUCCUACGCAUUCGCAAUGCCCAUGACAUCGUCCCAGAUUAUCCUUUCAUAGGUUACCCGGAAGUAGGUGAAGAAUUGAAUAUUGACACCACGAAAUCCAAGUACUUGAAAGGUCCCGGGAAUCCGUUGAGUUGGCAUAAUUUGGAGGCGUACAUGCAUGGAGUCGCGGGAACCCAAGGGUCGAAAGGAGGGUUUAAGUUGGAAGCUGAUCGCGAUAUCGCGCUUGUUAACAAGUCGAUGGAUGGCUUGAAAGACGAUUACGGUGUACCCGAAUCGUGGUGGUGUGUGCAGAACAAUGGGAUGGUUCAAGAAGCGAAUGGGUCUUGGAAGUUGAUGGACCAUGAGGUAGAUGGUGAUUAAUUCAUAACAUUGCAACAAUAGAGUUACAUUUCGGAGAUUAAACGCUAAAUUGCAGUUGGCUUGCAACCUUACCCGAAUAGACAGACGACUGUUUCAAGGCAUUAUAAAGAGUGAAGUUAGAUGAGUUUGACAUUAGACUCAUCUCUUGGAAGCAAAUGAAUGAGAUCUAUAUAUGAAAACAGCCUAAUUUGCAAUUAGGACAAGAUUUUUCAUUAAGUUUUUGCUGAUUCUCGAGAGCUCUGUUUCCGUUGUGUACGGUUGACAUUUAGUUUGUCUUUUGAGUUAUUUUCUUGUACAUAUGUAGUACAGGCUUGCUUGGGACAGCUA